AGACACGCGGGCCUGAUGCCGCUGUGUCUUCUGUCAGGGCCUGCCAACAUGAAAUGCCACGAGUGCUCGGUAUUCAACACCUUCCACUGUCCGACUCUAAGGGUCUGUGAAAACGACGUCAAGUACUGCCUGACAAUCUCUGUUCGUGUGCAUGAACGGGAACUCCUUGUUUACAAGAACUGUACGAGCAACUGCACGUUCGUGUAUCCAUCCGAAGUACCUCUUGAAGCCCCAAGAGUCUUGAGGACUAAUAGUUUCUAUUUUGUUCGGUGUUGUAACAAGAUUAAUUGCAACGAUGGAGGACCUAGUUCUCUGGAGAAGGAUAUCUCCCUGGAGAGUACAAUUGAGGAGACUCUGUCAGGGACCGGGCGCUUGGCGGAGUCGGCAUUUUUCCUGGGUGCUGCCUCCAUCCUAGUCAGCAACACACUGACGUGAGAAGCCCUCCUAGAGGGUCUGCCCCCCCCAUUCCUCAGAGCAAGUUCACGUUCCAUCCCUCCCUCGUGAGCCAGGCGCCCUGACCCACAUGGCUCCCAGGUGGCGGGUUACCCCUUUGCAGCCUACUUGGAGAGAGAAAUAAAGAGCAUCAUUGUUUGGAC